AUGUUAUCGAUAGCGGAAAUCGCAGCCAAAGGGCUGGACUACCCCUAUACUAACAACACCAGCUUCCGUGUAUGGAUCCACGUGGUUGGCACGGUUCUGCGCGAGGCUGAAAUUUACCGCGAUGAUGGUGAUUUCGAGAAGGCUUAUCUGCUGUACACGCGGUUCGCAGACCUGUUGCUCAACAAGAUGCCUGGGCAUCCCGGGCUCAAGGCCAACAGGGCGCUAUUCAAGAAAAUGACCGGCAAGAUGCCCGGGGUUCUGCAAGAGAUGCAGCAGCUGAAGAAGGCUCUUGAGGUGCAAAUCACGGAGGAGAAAAAGGCUGAGGAGGAACGACAACGAAAACUACGAGCAUUACAACAAGCCUCCGACAGUGGAAGAAGCGGUGGCAGCAGGGGCAGCGGAAGUACGAGCCGUAUUGACGACCUGAGAUCACAACUUGGUCAAGGAGGCCCAGAUCAUGUGAAUUUGGAAGACUAUUCAUUUGGUCGAUAUGAUACACGACAAGUGUCUGAGCCAAUGUACGAGCAUGGAAACUGGCAACAACAAGCACAUCAUCAACAUGAUACGUUCGACUAUCCCGAUCUCAACCGGGAGUUAUCAUCCGUUCUUUCACCCUACGUUUAUGAGUCCGGACCACUUACGCUGUCGCCUACAGCUGGCCAGAUUCGACUUGCGGACUCACCUCCAGCGAUCCCAGCUAAACCAGCAGCAUUAAAAGCAUCAUAUGAGAAACCAGCCGCCCCAGCACCACCUACAACGUCAUCUUCAUCUGUGGAACACACUUCACGAUACACCACUGAAGGAGGACUGGCCCUGCGGUCCCUGUUCAUUCCGGCUGAGUUGGAGGCCACCUUCCUCAAGGUUGCGCACGCCAACACCGUUAAAAACCUCGAGACCUGCGGUAUUUUAUGCGGGAAGUUGUCGCGAAAUGCAUUCUUCGUCACACAUCUGAUGAUCCCACCUCAGGAAAGCACCUCUGACACGUGUCAGACAACGAAUGAGGAGCUUCUAUUUGAGCAGAUUGAUGAAAAUGAUCUCUUUGUACUCGGAUGGAUCCACACACACCCCACACAGACCUGUUUCAUGUCAUCUGUGGACCUGCAUACCCAGAAUUCGUAUCAGAUCAUGCUGCCUGAGGCUGUGGCUCUUGUGUGCGCGCCUCAGCAUGAUCCCAACUUUGGCAUCUUCAGACUGUCGGAUCCUCCGGGUGUUGACAUUAUCAAGAACUGUAACAGGGGCGGUUUCCACCCGCAUACAGAGGAUAACAUUUACAACAAUGCUCGACAUGCUAUGGUCAAGAACGGUCUCCCGUUCAAGAUGAAGGACCUGAGAUCAUAA